UAAACAAGGAGCUGCGUAAACACACGGUGUGGUGUGGAUCUCUUAGAUAGAAAACAAUUUUGUAAUGUUUUGAGUCGCUCUAAACUUUAGUUCAGUCGCAAACAGGUUUAUCGUUUCGGUAGAGCUUAGUGUUCUUCGGUGCUACUCGUUAAACCAAAUUAUGUCGGACGCUUUAUCUGACGACGAGAACCAAGACGAGAGCCAGGAGGAUGUUAUGACCCCGGCGGAGCUCAUAGCCAGACUGGAAGAAGCUUGGCUGAACGAGAAGUUCUCACCGGAGCUGCUGGAGAACAAGUCGGAGGUGGUGGAGUGUGUGAUGGAGCAGCUGACCCAUAUGGAGGCCAACUUGCAGCGGGUAAAGAAGGGCGAUACAAAGGCCAGUGUCCACCGCAUGGAGAUUGACAGGAUCCGUUUCGUGCUCAGCAGUUACCUGCGCUCUCGUUUGCAGAAGAUUGAAAAGUUUUUCCCACAUGUACUGGAGAGAGAACAGUCUCGGGGUGAGGGUGAUCCAUCCUUGCUUUCACCAGAGGAGUUUGCCUUUGCCAAAGAAUACUAUGCAAACACAGAAUCGUACCUGAAGGCAGUCGCGCUGAAGCGUAUGCCCCCCAACCUACAGACAGUGGAUAUGCUUAAAGCAGUACCUGAGCCCUGCUUGGACUCCUUUGUGUUCCUCCGGGUGAAGGAAGCACAGGAAAACAUCUUGGUGGAGCCUGAAACAGACGACCAGAGAGAGUAUGUUGUGGAUCUUGAAGAGGGCUCUCAGCAUCUAAUGCGAUAUCGAACCAUAGCACCACUAGUUUCGAGUGGAGCCGUUCAGUUAAUUUAGAUAAUGCGCGUUCUUUGUCUCUUGGCAACUGACGAUGUCUUUGUUGUUGAGAACGCUUUGGGCUCCAGGAGAUCAUGACAUGUGCAGUCAUGUGUUUUGUAAUAUAGCAGCACUGAGGAAUGGACUCAUCCUGAAACACCUCCCUUCCUUUCACUGAUGUCAGGGUUAAACACAAAUUUUUUUGAACAAAGAUAAUUGUAUUGACACUGACACAGGAAAUUAAAAUACAAUGAAUAUAAUCCAAUAUAUAUUUAGUUAUUGCUGAUAAUAUGUCAAUUGAACUCUGAGAUCAUGGUGAAACAGAGAGUAAAUUUGGUUACAUAAUUAUACCGCCCAUGUUGGUGUUUGUGAGACAUGUAAAUAUAUGUCUGUCUAAUGUGCAGGUUGAUCUGCCCCACAGUUAUUUAACCUGGUAUGUGUUAUUGGACUUGUUCCCUGCUGCUCUGACAGGACAAAUCAGAUUGUUGAAGGUGUAAUUUCAUCACAUCACUGGCAUCACAGCCCCCAAUGCCCCAAGGUGCGCAUGUUCAUGUGCAUUUGCAGUGCUUCCAUUGCCAUAUUUUAAUUUUAGUCAUAAACUAUACACAUGAUACCCAUUCUAGGCUGCAGAAAUCUUUGUUGCCUUGGCUAUGAAAACAAAAUUGUUUAUCACAUUUCUCCUUCAACAGUAUUUCCCUUGACAGUGUGUGUUUUUAAUUUGUACUUUAAAAGCAUGUGUGUAACUUCAA